AUGGUAGGCAGGAGGAAGAAGGGGAAAGGUGUGAAAAAUAAAGGGAAUUCAGAUGAGGAAGCAGUAAAUAUCGCAAAACUGGGGAGUAAUUUGGGUUCUACUCGUAGAUCUGGGAGAAGCGAGGCUGCACAAAGACAGGAGGAGGAGCUCACUCGACUGAUUGAAACCAUUGAAGGGAAGACCCCGUCGAUAAGGAAGGGGAAAGGAGCCGGGGAAAGCAUGGGCACAACGGUGCUAGGAGAAGAGGGACAAAAGGUUACUGGUAAGGAGCGAUUGAGUGAAGGAUGUCUGAGUGGGAGGAAGAAGGAUGAAUUGCUACCUAGGGUUUCUGAACCCAAUGUUCGCCGACAGCUCAAUUGGGUGGAUAAAUCCGAAGAGGAAGCUGGGGGAAAUGCUUGGGAUCGUUUCAAUCCUGAAAAUGUAAAUGUUGCAAUGGAUAUGGACAUCGUACUGAGGAAAUGUAGAAUGAAGGUGACUGUUGUAGAAAAGAAAGUGCAGAAACCUGCAGUUGAGUGGAGGAAAGUGGAUACACCUGUGAGAGAGGUAGAGGGAUCUGCUGUUGGAACUCAUGAUCAGACGAAGAAGAUAAAAACCGUUAAACAGGUGUCAACUGAUGGUAAUGGUGAUAAAAAGGUCAAUGGUUGUCAAGAAUCUCAAAGGCAAAGGGGCAGUAUUGAGGUAGGUGGUGGUGUAGGGGAGAAGAGAGUUAGUACUGAUGACCAUGUUACUCAAGAUAUAGCUGCUGGGAUGUCUCAACCUAGGAUACCCAAAAAAACUGUUAGUGAAUUGGAUGUCGGUACUAACUCACAUAUUACAAAUAGGUCUGAGGAGGGAGCUAAGCCCAAUCUGGAUCCUAUUUUCUAA